AGUAGGUGAGGUGACGGUCGAGUUUGCGCAAACUCGAACUCGACCAUUUCACUUUUUCCAGCGCCAGCGAAUUGAGGUGACAUUUCGUUAUGUUUUAGUCUGGAAAAUAAUUCAUACGCGGUAUAAUGCUUAACUUCAAUCGCUUCGGAACGAUUUAAAAAAGUAUAAAGAAUAUAAAACGAGCAAAAUAUCGAUAAGAGUGUUGUACCGAGUGCGAGGAAAUCGACGAGAAAAUGUUUUCGACGAAGGAAAGAUUCGGUGUAAUCAAGACAUUGGAAUUUUGUUUUGGUUUGGUAGUUUUUCUAAGUGUGAUAAAUAAGGUUCCUGCGGCUACAAACAAUGAGGAUUCAACGAGACAAUCAUCGGAAGGUCAUUGCGUUUGGUACGAUGAAUGUUAUUUGGAUCCCGAUACUGAAUUGUGGAAAAAUUGCUAUUACACCGGCCCCCCCAAGCCUCUGCAAACGUCCAAAUCGAUUGGGAUAUUGAAAAAAUGGUGUCCGAAAAUAUCGCCCGAGUUGACCUGUUGCUCCGAUAAACAACUUGAAACGAUGAAAAACAGCAUGACUUUGCCACAACAAUUGCUCAGCAGGUGUCCCUCUUGUCUGACGAAUUUCCUGCAAAGCAUAUGUCACUUGACCUGUUCACCCGUUCAAUCGAAGUUUUUAAAUGUUUCCGAAACGGCCGUCGAUCCGCAAACGAACAAAACUUACAUCACCGAAAUGGGUUUUUUCAUUCACAACGAUUACAUGGAGAACACUUACGAUUCCUGCAAAGGUAUAAGCGUCCCAUCGACCGGCGGAAAAGUAAUGGACAUAAUGUGUGGUCAAUGGUCAUCGACGAAAUGUUCGCCGUUGAGAUGGUACCAAUAUUUGGGCAAUAAGGAUACACCUCAAGUACCAUUUCAAAUAAAUUAUUUCAAUUCGAGCAAACCUUUGAACGGUUUCGUACCGUUCAAUGAACCGACGUUCGCUUGUAGUCAAUCUACCGAUGGCGUAUCGCCUGCUUGUAGUUGUGUCGAUUGCGAAGAAAGUUGUCCUGUACCUCCACCUCAACCGCCCCGGCCUCAACCUUUUAGGAUAGCCGGUUUCGAUGGAUACGCCGUCUUGAUGUUGAUUGUCUUUUGCGUGGGUUCCUUGAUGUUUCUGCUUUCUGUGUUCGCCUGUUCCAGGAACAAUUUGGGCAGAAAAACUUUCAUCUAUGAGAGAGAAUUGUUUGAAACGAGACUAGAGUCUGAUCGGGAGGAAAGACAAGUGGGUUUAUUGGUGAGCGGAGCCUCCGAAGAAAUGAGAGCAGAAGUGGCAAGAAGAUUGGCCAAUUCGGAACGACAUUCAUCACAAGUGGCUCUCGGUGAGGCCGAAGAUAGUCCAUUACAAUCUUCGAAGAGAUCCAGCAUGACAUCGGAACCCGGUCACGAAAUGGAAACACAUUCGAUCAACAAAACCAGCGAAGAUUACGACAGGCCCACUUCAUUCAUCGAACGAUUGGGCGCCAAUACGGAUUCCAUUUUACAGGGGGCAUUCGAAAAAUGGGGCACUUUUUGCGCCGAAAGACCUUGGCUUAUACUCUUUUUGGGCGCUUGUCUCGUCAUGGGUCUCGGUCACGGUAUUAAAUAUCUUCAGAUCAUCACCGAUCCCGUUGAAUUGUGGGCCUCGCCGGCUUCGCGCAGUCGCAUCGAACGGGACUUUUUCGAUAAUAAUUUCGAACCGUUCUAUCGAACCGAACAGGUCAUCAUCACCGCCCGGAAUCUUUCCAACGUCUAUCACAACACCUCCGAGGGAAUGAUCUCGUUCGGUCCCGCUCUCAACGCCACUUUCUUGCUCGAAGUAUUCGCUUUGCAGGAGCAAAUUUUGAAAUUGGGCGAAGGUACUUUGCACGGUUUCGAUAAAAUUUGCUUCGCCCCCUUGCGAAAGGAAGGACAAACGGAUACCGAUGUGUCCGAAUGCGUCGUACAGAGCAUUUGGGGUUACUAUCAAAACGACGUGGAGACUUUUAAUUCUACCGGUGAGGAUCCCACACCGCCCGGAUACAAAACGAAUUAUCUGGAUCGAUUCGUUAAAUGCGUCAACAAUCCCUACGAUCCGAUAGAUUGUCUAGCCCCUUACGGGGGUCCCGUCGAUCCAGCCAUCGCUUUGGGCGGUUUCCUGCAACCCGGUGAAAGUCUCGCCCAACAUCCCAAUUACAAAAAUGCCACGACGGUGAUUUUAUCGUUCAUUGUAAACAAUCAUUACAACAAGAGUUUAAUCGUACCGGCCAUGGAAUGGGAAAAGGAAUUCGUGGAGUUUAUGAAAAAUUGGACGGCCACGAAAAAACCGGAUUUUAUGGAUGUCGCUUUCACGUCGGAGAGAUCCAUCGAAGACGAAUUGGAUAGGGAAAGUCAAUCUGACGUGGUCACCAUAUUGAUAUCUUAUAUGAUUAUGUUCGCUUACAUUGCCAUAUCAUUGGGGCAAGUCAACAAAUGCUCGAGAUUGUUGAUCGAUAGUAAAAUCACUUUGGGUCUCGGAGGCGUUUUAAUAGUAUUAGCCUCCGUCGUAUCAUCGGUAGGAUUGUUCGCGUUCAUCGGCGUCCCGGCCACUUUGAUUAUCAUCGAAGUGAUACCGUUCCUCGUACUCGCAGUAGGCGUAGAUAAUAUCUUUAUAUUAGUUCAAACGCACCAACGGGACGCGAAGAAACCGAACGAAACGCACGCCCAACACAUCGGCAGGACUUUAGGUCAGGUGGGACCUUCGAUGUUAUUGACAAGCCUAUCGGAGAGCUGUUGUUUCUUUUUGGGAAGUUUAUCAGAUAUGCCUGCUGUGAAAGCGUUCGCUUUGUACGCCGGUAUGGCGUUGAUGUUUGAUUUUCUCUUACAAAUCACUUGCUUCGUCAGUUUGAUGGCUUUGGAUAUCGCCCGACAGAAUGCUAAUAGAUUCGACAUAUUCUGCUUCAUACGCGGCUCGAAAAAGAACGAACCGGUGACGGGCGGUCAAGAAGGCCUACUAUUUACAUUUUUCAAAUACGUUUACGUGCCCACUUUGAUGAAUAAAGCGAUGAGAUGCACCGUCAUGUUGGUAUUCUUCGGUUGGUUGUGUCUUUCAUUGGCUGUUGUCCCGCACAUCGAGAUCGGCCUCGAUCAGGAAUUAUCCAUGCCAGAAGACAGUUUCGUACUCAAAUAUUUCCAAGCUUUAAAGGCUUAUUUGAGCAUCGGCGCUCCGGUUUAUUUCGUGGUGAAAAAAGGCCUUCAUUACAAAGACGUGGACGCUCAGAAUUUGAUAUGCGCCGGAAGAUAUUGCAAUAGCAAUUCUUUGGUAUCUCAAUUGUAUUCGGCUAGUAAAAUGCCCGAAACGACUUACAUAGCUCGACCUUCGUCCAGUUGGCUCGACGAUUAUCUGGAUUGGUCGGAAUCCGAUAAUUGCUGUAAAUUCAGAAAGAAAGAUCACACUUUUUGUCCCAACGAUGAUUCCAGUUGUGAACGGUGCGCAAUCCAAUUCGCCGGUAAAGAACAUCGACCGAGACCCGACGAAUUCUCCCGUUACAUAUCAUUUUUCCUUCGAGACAAUCCGGGUCCGAAUUGCGCAAAAGGAGGUCACGCCAGUUACGGUCAAGGAGUCACAUUACAAACCAAUCGAUCGACUAGAUUAUCGUCGGUGGAAAAUUCCUAUUUCAUGACCUACCACACCAUUUUGAAGACCUCCGAGGAUUAUUAUGAGAGCAUGAGAGCGGCAAGGAAAAUAGCUGAUAAUAUAACAGCGACGAUUGGUGUUGAAGUAUUUCCCUAUUCGGUGUUUUACGUAUUCUACGAGCAAUAUCUGACGAUGUGGCCUGAUACUUUAUUCAGUUUAGGCGUCAGUCUAUUGGCCAUCUUCAUCGUGACCUUCCUUCUGAUGAGCCUCGACAUAUUCUCCAGUCUAGUGGUGAUCAUCACCAUCACCAUGAUCAUCGUCAAUUUAGGCGGUUUGAUGUAUUGGUGGCACAUCACCUUAAAUGCCGUAUCGCUCGUUAAUUUGGUGAUGGCCGUCGGAAUAUCGGUGGAGUUUUGUUCGCAUUUGGUGCACAGUUUUUCAAUGUCUGUAGAACCGACGAGAGUCGAAAGAGCUGCCGAUGCUUUAGCGAAAAUGGGCAGUUCGAUAUUUUCGGGUAUUACGCUGACGAAAUUCGGUGGAAUCAUCGUUUUGUAUUUUGCCAAAUCGCAGAUAUUCCAAGUGUUUUACUUUAGGAUGUAUUUGGGUAUCGUACUGUUUGGGGCGGCUCACGGAUUGAUAUUUUUACCGGUCCUGCUUAGUUUUAUAGGCGUGAUGCAAACACGAAGAAAUAAUCACAGAGCACACUCGGAGAGACCAUCAACAGAACCGACUGUGGCAUCACCUUUGUUGCCAUCGACGUCCAGGAGCUAUUAUGAUGCUUUAGCUCCGGAUUAUACUUAAUUUUUUCUUCUUUUUUCCUCGUUAAAUGCUUUUAUUGGCCUCUUUUGACGCGUCUUUUUUUU